GGCUAAGCUUGGAAUGAAAACUCAAAGAGUAAAAAUCCCCAGUCAAAUGCGAACGCAUCCAUUGGAAGAUCUCUACACCACCAAGAUCCUCUCUUCUUCUCUUUGUUGGUAGGACAAGGAAGGAGAAAGCAAUACUGGAAUACCAAGAGUUCCUUUCUUCCGAGAGAGAGCGAGAGAGAGGUAUUUGUACUCUCCACCGAGGAAGAGGUCGAAAGAGCAAGCACCACAUGAUGAUGAGGCCGACGCAAAGCUCCCUCCUUUCGGUCGCCCUCCUCCUCCUCCUCCUCCUCGCCGCCGCAGCGGCCGCCAGUGGAGGAGGAGGGGGCGAGGUCCCGCUCGCCUGGGUCCCCUCCCUCUCCGGGUGCCGCGGCACCGUCGCGGAGUGCCUCGCCGGCGAGCAGUUCGACCUCGGAGCCGAGGUGACCCGCCGGAUGCUCGCCACCUCCAACUAUGUCAGUUACGGCGCCCUCAAGCGCGACACCGUCCCCUGCUCCAGCCGCGGCGCCUCUUACUACAACUGCCGCCCCGGCGCCCAGGCCAACCCCUACUCCCGCAGCUGUUCCUCCAUCGCCCAGUGCCGCGGUUGAAAAGCUUCCAUAUAAAAAUACGCCAAUUUUUAGGAAGAACAAGCACGAAUUUGGUAUGUGAUUUGGUUGCUUCGCUCCAGUUUCAAAUAAAUGGUGUCGUUCUUGAUGACGCUAUUGUUGUUUCGGCGUUGUAAACAGCGCUUUCAUGUGAUUCGUGUAAAAAAAAGCUUAAUUUAGUUGAUCAUGGCUCGCUUCCGUUUCCUUC